AUGCUUAAGUGUGAAUUAUGGCACAGAAAUAGUUGUGAAAACCAAUUAGGCAUGCUGGAUAACACAUAUAGUGAUAAACUCACAUUACACUACCCGGUGCUGCUUAACUACCUGUGCUUAACAUAUGGACAGUCGUGUUGUGAAAAUUUGGUGUUAUUUGGUGGUUUAACAGUAGCCGAAUCGCUACAAAUGGCUAAAAUUGAAGGGAUUUAUCUAACGAUCAUCAUAAACAUGUAUUACAAGCCGAUCGCGCGGCUACUAAUCCUGUUAACACCUCUAUUCAUCACACCCGAAGCCUACAGUCACGGGGCGCCCACUAAAUCAUGUCAGACAUUAUACCCGGGCCACGGGGUAGACAAACAAUAUGGUCAGGCACCGUAUGAGAUCAGGGCCAGUUUGGGGUCCAAUGGCAACGUGCUAGUUACAAUUGAGUCAAAGGGUUUGCCGUUUACCGGGUUCAUGUUGCAAGGUCGCCAGGCAACCGAUAGAGAAAGCCUGGUCAAUGGCAGAUUUAGCGAGGAUAAAAAUACGCAGGCUAGAAACUGUAACGGCGACAACCCG